AACUUAAAUCACUGGAUGAGGCGACUAGCGAUAAUAAUCGAACACUUGUCCGCCCUGAUACCGGAUAUUGUUCUCUUGUCAAUAAAAACAUUAUUUUAAUCAGUUUAUGUAGAGACACCUAGCGGAUCUCGCAAACUAUUGAAUUGAUAAAUAUCCGGUAUUUUAAAUUUGAAAAUGCUGUUGUAUCUUCUGUUAUCGUUGACGGUGUGUGCCGUUGGAGCUGUGGAUUUGACCAUCAGGUAUAACCCACCUGUAGUAUCACUCACCUUACCAGUUCACCAAGACAACAUUAAGUCCGUCGUGUUUCACAUUUUGGUCAAAAAUGUUGCUUACCAGGGUCAAGGUCAUCGUACAACUGAAGGCUGGCAGUACCAGACACGUGACCUUAACCUUGAUGGCGCUGACGCCCUUAGCGCGUACGCUGUGGUCCUCGGCCCACAUGGCACCAUUUUGCAGACGACCCAACGCUCCACUCUUAAGCUAGAAACGAGGUCGCCCCUGAUGACGCUGUCCAGUGGCAGACGACUCAGAGCGGUCAUCUUCCGAGACGACUUCAACACGUUCGACCACUCGAAAUGGCAUUACGAAGUGUCCAUGUUUGGUGGCUUUAACGGCGAGUUCCAAGUCUACACUAAUGACCAUAAGAAUGUGUACGCAAGAGACGGCCAUCUUUACCUACAUCCGAUAACUACAGUGAGCGACCCGAGAUUUGAUGAAAACUUUUUGCAUACGGGACAUAUGGAUAUGAACACCCUGUUCGGCCGGUGUACACAGAGCGGCAACAACGGAUGUACCAGGGACGGCAGGAAUGGAUUCCUCCCGCCCAUCAUGUCCGGCAAGGUCAAGAGCGUCCCCACCCUCAGGUACGGCACCAUUGAGGUGCGGGCUAAGAUACCCAGGGGCGACUGGCUAUGGCCAGCAAUAUGGAUGAUGCCGAAGGGAGACCACUAUGGCGGCUGGCCUCGUUCUGGUGAGAUCGAUAUCAUGGAAUCAAGAGGUAACGCUGGAGACAUUGGGGUAGGGAGUGUGUCCAGCACGCUGCACUGGGGACCCUCAGCUGACCAGAAUAAAUACAGCCUGACCCACGGGGAGAAAAAAAAUGCAAACUGGCAUUCAAAUUUUCAUAUCUGGAGGCUGGAGUGGACACAUGAUCAUAUCUUGACGUUCAUUGACAACCAACUGAUCAUGUCUGUAGUUCCCCCUGCCGGCGGGUUCUGGCAGAAAGGGGGUUUCACGGGCUCCAACUUGUGGGCGUCUGGCAGCAAAAUGGCGCCCUUUGAUCAAGAGUUUUUCAUGAUGUUCAACGUGGCAGUAGGCGGCAACAACGGCUUCUUCCCAGACGGCAACCACUACGGCGGCGUCACCAAACCCUGGAGCAACAGCCAGAACCAGCACGUGGCCGCAGAAAACUUCUGGAAGGCGCACAACGCCUGGCUCCCCACCUGGCAGGGUGAAAACGCCGCCCUUAUCAUCGACUACAUCCAGUUUUCUAGUUUGUAAUGUGGGGGCAUUAAACUGUCAAUUAUUCUC